UCUUAUUGCUAUUCUUUAUCUUGUGUAGAUGGGAGUCUUGGUGUUUUUCCCACAUGGGCCUUGAACUCCUGGGUUCAAGUUAUUUUCCCUUCUGUCCCCAAGUGGCUAUUAACUUAUUUUUGAAGCAGGAUCUUAGUAUGUAGGCCAGGCAGGCUUCGAGUAGCACUUCUACCUCGCCUCCAAAUUGCUAGGGUUCGUUCUUUCUUUCUCUCUCUCUCACUCUCUCUCUCUCUUUCUUUCUUUCUUUUUCCUUCUUUCCUUCUUCCUUCCUUCUUUUCUUCCUUUCCUUUCCUUUUCUCUCUUUAUUUUUUCCUUCCUUCCUUCCUUCUUUUUCUUCCUUUCCUUUCUUUUUUUUUUUUUUUUCUGGAAGCAGGGUUUCUCUGUGUAGCUCUUGGCUGUCAGAGCAGACUAGCCUUAAACUCAGGAACUCAGAGAUCUGCCUGCCUCUGCUUCCCGAAUGCUGGGAUUAAAGGCAGGAGACACCACUCUCUGGCCAAGGAUUAUUUAAUUUUUAACGGGAUCAUGGAAACAUGAAAAAUUAUGUGUGCAUGGUGGAACGCACCUGUAAUCCCAGCAGUCAGGAGGCAGAGGCAGGGGAAUCAGGAUUUGAAGGCCAGUCUGAGCAACACGGUGAGAUCCUGUGUGUGAAAAGGACAGAGAGGGCCGAGCCAGUAAAACGUUUGCUGGGUUGGUAUGAGAACCGAGUAUGACCCUCCGGCACUCACAUGAAAAGCCUGUCACAGCAGGGCUGAGGUAGACCUUAGGAGACUCCUCGGCCAGUCAGUCUAGCCCAAUUGGUGACCUCCAAGUUGGACGAGAGACCCUGCCUCAAAAUAAGGUGGAAUGUGGUAGAGGUCCUGACAGACCUCUGUCUUCACAGAGACUCACAUGUGGGCGUCGUGCAUACAAUGGGCACGCAUAAGGGCGUGCAUACACAAGGGCAUGUAUACACAUGUGCGCACCCACAGAAAAAGAAAGGCAGAAGGAAGAAAGCAAAGAAAGAAGAAUAAAUAAAGGAGAGGGGGAAAAAAGAAGGAAGGGAGAAGAGACAUUUGUACAUUGUGUGAUUUCUGAAUCCUGGUUUUGUUCUCUAUCUAAUGAGGCCAAACCUUGUUCUCCAUGGAGAGAUAAAUAAUCUUUAGGAGAGCAUGCCGAACAGUCUGAACGCAAAGCAACAACGAAUGUUUUACACGCCAAGGACGGGAAGAAGUGCGGGGAAAACCAAGCCUUCUGACCCUGGUUGUUUUGUGAGGCCUGAAGCAGCGUCUGAGAGCUGAGGAACAGCCAGGCUAAUUUGCUAAAUAUUUUGCAGGCCUAGAAUAUGGAUGGAAUGUCACAGGGCCUCAGCACCCUUCGAAGUAGGUGGAUUCAUUUUUUUCCUCCCUUAAAAAAAGGAGCCAAAGUGCAAGGGCCUUUUCCAGCGCUUAUGUGGUUGAGCGAGGAGAUCCCAACAAAAGCAGUAGAGGCCCAGGGCCAGUAGUGAGCACCGAGCGAUGACAGUUUUUGAAGAGCCCAGUGGUAGCUCUUUUUAGCCUCCCAGGAAACCAGCUCAGGGAGGUAAAGGAAGUCUCAGGAAGUUACCAAGCUAGGAAGUCCCAGACUUCAGAUUCCAGCCCCACACAAAACCCAGACUUUCAGUCUUCUUCAGGGUUGAGUUGUAGGCGCUCACCCUUCAGACAGUGGCCCUGUCUUUUUCACAGCAGCCCUUUGGCUUGCUUCCUUCCACAGGCAUCCAUGUGGGUGAAAUAUCAGAAUAUCUGUGGGUGAAUAUCUGUGUUCUCUGUUCUGUGGGGUGGCCUGGUGGCUGGAAGUUAGUAAGCAUUGGUUGAAAACUGAGCAUGGAGGGGCCAGGCUUGCCCUCUCCAAAUACCACUAAGAGGUAUGUGAACUCAUUCCGGGAGGAAUUAGAGUCGAUGAACCUUGGAAGAAAAGGUGAAGAGGGUGACCUAGAGUUUGGGUAAAGAGAGGCUUGAGAAGGUAGACUGGAGAAGGUGGGUGGGUGACCAGAAUGCUUCUCUUGGCAACCUAUGUUUUUUUUUUUUUUUUUUGGUUCUUUUUUUCGGAGUUGGGGACCGAACCCAGGGCCUUGCGCUUCCUAGGUAAGCGCUCUACCACUGAGCUAAAUCCCCAGCCCCAACCUAUGUUUUUUUAAAGAUGUAUUUUAUUUUAUGUGUGUUUCUGCAUGUAGGGUUUGUGCACACAUGAGUGCAGAUGCCAAUAGAGUUUAGAAGAUGGCAUCAGAGCCCCCCUGGAGCUGGAAUUACAGGCAGUUAUACCCUGUGGGUACUGGGACCCGAACUCAGGUCUUCUGCGAGCAGCAUACACUUAGCUACUAAAGCACCUCUCCAGCCCAAGGCGGUUUAUCUUUUGGGCUGCCUGCUUACAGUUUGCCCUCUAGUGCCCUAUAGAUCCAUGGUAGGGCAGCUGGGGUUAAGACUCCUUCCCUGGGGAAGUCACUUCCCAGCCACCUUUUCUGGGUCUGUGGACAAGUGCCAAUUUUCAGAAUUCAGAUUCCUCCUGCAAUCCGGAAGUAUUGUCCUGGCUGCUCCUCGCUGAGAACAACUUAAUGAUUAAAUAGGUCAGUGUCCUCAGGAGUACCAACUCUAGCUAAACUUCCCUGGUCCUUAAAUGUGUCCCCACAAAUCAGGUGUGUCAGGGGACAGUUGACCACUUCCCUCCCCAAGACAGGGUCUAAUGCAGCCCAGGCUGGCCUUGUACUUGCUAUAUAGCUAAGGAUGACCCUCAAUUGCUGAUCCUCCUGCCUCCACCUCCCAAGUGCUGAGAUUACAGGUGGGUGCCAGCACACUAGGCUACGAUACAGUUGUUUUUCUAACCCUCCCCCCAGAUCCACUGGCACAGAUUGAAGGGCUUUUGUAUUUGUUAUGAUGCUGGGUGGGACCUUGGGCCUUGUGCCGGCCAAGGCCACACUCCCAGCUUAAUGACAGAUUUUUUUUUUCCGUUUGUUUGUUUUUGUUUUCUUUUUAUUUUUUUAAAUUGGAUUUUUUUUAAAAUUUACAUCUCAAAUGUUAUCCCUUUUCCCGGUUUCCCAUCCAUAAACCCCCUAUCCCAUCCUCCUCCUCCCGUUUAAGGACAGCUUUUUAAAGAAUUCCCCUCAAGCUAGCCACAGGCUGUGAUUUCUCUGAUCACUUUAGUAGUCGUAAAAAUGGCAGCAGUGAUUUACUGAGCCUCUAAAUGGGGCUCAAACUUAGUUCCAGCCAUUUAAAUAUCAGCAGCAAUUUCUUUAUCUUUUUUUUAAAUAUUUAUUUAUUUAAUGAAUAUAAGCACACUGUAGCUGUCUUCAGACACAUCAGAAGAGGGCAUCGGAUCCCAUUACAGAUGGUUGUGAGCCACCAUGUGGUUGCUGGGAAUUGAACUCAGGACCUCUGGAAGAGCAGUCAGUGCUCUUAGCCACUGAGCCAUUUCUCCAGCCCCAGUCAGCAGCAAUUUCUAAGGUGUGCACUUUUAUCUUUCCCACAAGGGAGCCAAGAACCAGAGAGUCCUUUUUUUUUUUUCUUAAAGAUUUAUUUAUUUACUCUAUUUAUGUGAGUACACUGUCACUGUCUUCAGACACACCAGAAGAGGACAUCAGAUCCCAUUACAGAUGGUUUAUGAACCACCAUGUGGUUGCUGGGAUUUGAACUCAGGACCUCUGGAAGAGCAGUCAGUGCUCUUAACCGCUGAGCCAUCUCUCCAGCCCUUACCCUUUUAUUCUUAACUCCUCUUCUGAUUCCUGCUGAAUCAGCCAAGAGCACCUGCUGUCCUCCUGGACCCUAGACGCUUGGGACCAGUUGGCUCCGCUCUUCUUUUGUUGUGUGAACUUGUGUACGCCACAGCUCUCCAGAUAGCACCAUACUCCUGUCAUGGAGGUGUUGUCUGUGACUGAGGCCUGACUGGGAGGGCACAUGUGGAGCCUGGAUUUUACUAGUGUGGGAGUCAGUAAGAAAGGGAGGAGGAUGGCAUCUUUAGUCCCACCUUCCUAUGACAUCACACAAGACACCUCCAGAUCCUUGGAAGCCCCAGCCUUAGGGUCCCUUGUCUGUGCAAGUGCCACUAGCACUGAGCAUUCGGUGAUUUUGUACCGUCCCACAGCAGAUAUCAUUGGGUUCCAGGAUCCAGGGAGAUACCCCCAGGUUCCCAGUGUAGGUUGAGAGGCCUAGUGGGAGGUGGUGGCAUUAUGCUGAGCUGGCUUUCCAGGCUAGGCAGGGCCUGGCUGCUUGAUUGGCAGACCAUUCUGGAUGCCCUAGGGCCUCUCUCCACAGUCAGCUCUUUCCGUUGGCCCAAGCUUGACCUCUGAUUCUGGUUUCUCAGGUGGGUCUCUGAGUUUAUGGCCAGCCUGGUCUACAGAGCUAGGCAGAGAAACCCUGUCUUGAAAAACAAGAGUGUCCAGGUUUUCAGGCAGAGCACCGGUUCCCUGGGCAUGCUCUCUCCCACUUCCUCUGGCCUUAAGUAAGAACCUCUUUAUCUCUCUGGGGUGCACCUUAUGUAACAACUAAUUGGGGACUAGUGCUUACCUCCCAGGGAACUGAUUAUAAAAAGACAGUGAAGAAUGAACAGAUAGAGAGAGCUGUUUGGUUUCACCUGGCUUCACCAUGCGGUCAUGACUGGGGAAGGAGGCCUAAGCCACGUAAACUUGACAUAUGUAGGGCUCAACAAAGCUGAGUAGAUUUUGCUAUUGGACUCCCCAGAGCCUAUGGUGACAUUGGGAGGGUCCAGGAGUGAGAGACAGAGCCUAGGAGUGGACUUAACAGAUCACAGGGAACCCAGGCAGUCAAGGGGGUAACUAGGUGUCCAUAGGAUCCAUCCAGCUUCACUGUGCCCAGGGUAGAGAGGAAGCCUUGCUGUGUUGGUAGGGUCUAGGAGGAAACUCUCAGGUCUAGUGUCCUUGUGAGCCACACAAGAUGUGUUCUGAGGCCUAUUCUGCCCCUGCAGACAAAAGACCAAUGGAGGCCACGUUGUUAUGGCUAAAGUCCAUUCUCUUGAGAAGAGGGAGAAGCCCUGGGUGGAGAUUGUUAAUAGUCCUUGUUAAUAGGUCAUCUGAAGGAUUCCUGAGUCUGUGUUGAGUCAGGCUCUCUGAGGUGAAGGAAUCAGAAGAGCCCCAUUUGUGCUCCCGAAGGCUAAGGAGCCCCCAUGUACAGAGGUGUGUGACUGAUCCAAGUUUGGCAGCCUAGAGAGUGGGUGUUUAGGGAGGGAGGGCAGGUUUGGGGCAGGUCCUGAUGCCACCUGCACACAUCACACUCUUGAAUUGUGUAUGCAUCUCCUGGGUGGCCUGGGGGUAGAGGCAGUGAGGCUCACACAGUCUUGGCUGGGGCAACGGUAUCUUUGGCUGGCAUCUGGUGCUCCAUGGACAGAGUCUAGAAAGCUUGAUCAGGGAGUUGUCUGGCAGAUAUCAAGAGAUGAAGGUGGUGUCUGAGGGUUACCAUGGCAGUGGUGAGCUCCGGGCCCAAGCAGCUUGGGGAGGAAAGGAUUUAUUUGGUUUAUGCUUCCACAUAUAACAGUUCAUUUUCACAGGCGGUCAGGACAGGAACUCACUCAGGGCAGGGACCUAGAGGCAGAGGGCAUGGAGGGAUGCUGCUUGCUGGCUUGCUCAGCCUGCUUUCUUAUAGAACCCAGCCCACGGACGCCCCCACCCACAAUUGGCUGGGCCUUCCCUCAUUAAUUACUAAUUAAGAAAAUGCUUUCUAGGCUUGCCUCCAUUCCAAUUUCACAGGGGCGUUUUCUCAAUUGAGGCUCCUGUUUUCAAGUUGAUAGAAAACUAGCCAGCACAGAUUGAUAAACCUGGAUUAAGGAGCAGGCAGCAGGCAAAUGCGCCGUGUUUAUUAAAGGAAUGACACAUGGCACCUGUCACUCUUUCUUCAACUUUUUUUUUCUUCUUUGUCAUAAAGUACUUGACAAAGACGAGUCAAGUGAGGAAGGGUUUGAUUUGGGCUCACAGUUCGAGGGUGCACAGUCCACCGAGGUUGGGAGGACACCGAGGUGUGCACUUCAGGCAGGUGGUCACAUUGUACCCGGUCAGGAAGCAGAAAGAAAGGAAGGCUGGUGUGAAGUGCCUUUCUCUCACUCCUUUUUGGAAAUGUCUUUUUUUUUUUAAUUGGAAAUAUAAUUUUUUUUUGGGUUCUUUUUUUCAGAGCUGGGGACCGAACCCAGGGCCUUGCGCUUCCUAGGCAAGCGCUCUACCACUGAGCUAAAUCCCCAACCCCGGAAAUAUAAUUUUUUAAUACAAUGUAUUCUAAUUAUGGUUUCCCCUCCCACAACUCCUCCCUGAUCCUCCCCACUUCCCCACUCACCCCAGACAACAUCCUUUCUUUCUCUCACUAGAAUAUAAACAGUCAUCUAUAAUAAUAAUAAUAAUAAUAAUAAUAAUAAUAAUAAACUAGAUUAGAACAAAACAUACAAACAAACAAACAACAACAGCAACAAACCAAAGAAAAACUAGAAGAAACACAGAGAUGCUGAGACACACACAGAGAAAAGUCAGAAAAAAUAAAAUAAAACCAGAGACCAUAAUAUAUAAGCAAAAAAUAUGUAGGAGGUGAGGAGAAGCUCAGACAAAGCAUUGUGAGACAAAAACAAAAACAAGACAAGGCAAAAACAAAGACCUCUGCUCUUUAAAAGAAAAGGAAAGAAAAAAAGGGCCGUUUUAUGUUGGCCAUCCACUGCUGGGCCUGGGGCCUGCCCCUAAGUAUGGUUUGUGUACCCAGUGAGACUUCACUGGAGAAAACUAACUUUUCCUUUACAAGCAGUAUCAGUUGGAGAUAGCUUCUGGGUUAGGCAUGUGGGGUUCUGUUUAACCCCCCCCCCCGUAUUCUACCCUAAUCUGGCUUAGAUUCGUGCAGGCGUUGGGUAUGCAGUCAGGGUCUCUGUGAGUUCAAACCCCAGGGGCACAGGUCGGGAGGAUGUUGCAGGUUUCCCUUGAAUCUAAUUCUAGAUAAACCAGGUUUAAUCCCUCGUCCUGGAACUCAGAGCUUGGGACUGCACCUGUCCUGAUUCCCACCUAGCCUACGUCACACCCCAGACCAACUUCCUUCCCUUUUUAGUCCACAAAGUAUGGAGACGAACUGCCCCAGCCUCUGAGCUCACAGCGACACACUUAACGCCCGUGUGAGGUAUAACGGUUUGAUGGUAGGCACUGAAGUAGAGAGGUCGGGGGUCAAAGAAGAAAUAGGUUUUGAAGAAUUAAUAGGCGUCUGCUGAGCUGGCAAGGUGAGCAGGAUGUCACAGUAGAGGCAACAGCAUUGUGCAAAGUCGGGACUUGAUGCAAUGGCUGCAAAUGUCUGGUAUAGCUGAGAUAAGGCACAGUCGCACUGGGGCUGGGUAGUAAGGCCAGAGGAGGAAGUGGGUGGGGCCGGGGGAGCAGGGGGUAGAUUAUGCAAAGGGAGGGGGAGUGGGCAUUCCUGGUAGCUCUGGAUGGGUUGUAGGUAGAGGUCAUGGGUCUGUUAAUAAGGGCGUUGUCACUCAGAGAGAACACGGAUGGUGGCACAAGCUCCCGGGCUCAGAAAGCCUGUCUCCACAUUCUGAGUUCAGCAUGGCUCUACUUAAGCAGAGAAAAAUAGUUAGGGCUGCUGUGUGGUGACUCUGCUAGAAAGUGACUGAGAGGCAGGACGCUUUAUGAAUGAGUGAACGAGGCCCUGAGGUCCCAGGCAUGGCGAUGGCAGUAGCCCAGAAGUUCAGCCACCUGCUGUCCAGCCUGUGGCACGUGGGCCAGAAGCCUCUGCAAGCAGAACCGGUGUUUACAGUGGACCGGGCCGAGGUGCCACGGCUCUUCUGGAAGCCGUACAUCUAUGCUGGCUACCGGCCGCUGCACCAGAACUGGUGUUUCUACUUCCGCACACUGUUCCAGCAGCACAACGAGGCUGUGAACGUGUGGACCCACCUCCUGGCGGCCCUGGCCCUGCUGCUGCGGCUGAUCGUCUUGGCGGGGAGCGUGGACUUCUGGGAAGACCCUCACGCUCUGCCCCUCUUCAUCAUUGUCCUGGCCUCCUUCACCUAUCUCUCCUUCAGUGCCCUGGCUCACCUCCUGCAGGCUAAAUCGGAGUUCUGGCAUUACAGCUUCUUCUUCUUGGACUAUGUGGGUGUGGCCGUGUACCAGUUUGGCAGUGCCCUGGCACACUUUUACUAUGCCAUAGAGCCGUCCUGGCAUGACAAGGUGCAGGCUAUUUUCCUGCCCACCGCUGCCUUCCUGGCCUGGCUCUCCUGCGCUGGCUCCUGCUACAACAAGUACAGCCAGAAGCCAGGCCUGCUGGGGCGCUCUUUCCAGGAGGUGCCCUCGGCGCUGGCCUAUGCGCUGGACAUCAGCCCCGUGGUGCACCGCAUCAUAGUGUCUCCCCUCCCGGCCGAGGAGGAUCCCGCCCUUCUGUAUCACAAGUGCCAGGUGGUUUUCUUUCUUUUAGCUGCUGCGUUUUUCUCCACGGUUAUGCCUGAGAGUUGGUUCCCCGGCAGCUGCCACAUCUUUGGGCAGGGACACCAAGUUUUCCAUGUCUUUUUGGUGCUGUGCACUUUAGCCCAGCUAGAAGCUGUGACGCUGGACUAUCAGGCUCGGGGAGCCAUCUAUAAGCCUCUGCACGCCCGUUGGCCCCACAACUUCUUCGGUCUCUUCCUGCUCACCGUGGGCAGCAGCAUCCUCACCGCGCUGCUCCUCAGUCAGCUGGUGCGGCGCAAACUCCAUCAGAAGACCAAGUGAAAGCGAGUGGGUGGGAGCUGGCUGGGGUGAGAGACGAUGCUAGGGACAAAAGCCUAGACUUGGCUCCAGAUGGGAACAAGGCCUGGUAACGUCGAUUAUAUUUGGCAGGCCACGACUCCCUGCAUACAAACUCAGUGGCCAAAGUGGUGCUAGCCAAUCCUUGGACCUGGGGAUUGGCUGGGAGCCUCAGAGCCUUGCUCAAUUCCCUGCCCUGGGAGGGGAAGAGUUGAGGGACUCCGGACCGCCCCUCCCUUGCCUCCUCUCAGAGCUGAGGGUUGAAGGUCGGCUUUGGUCACCACACUGGCUUGGGUUUUCCAGGUCGUUGGGUGAGAGGUAAGACUCAGGCCAGUGUCAAAUUUGAGCAGAGAGGGGAGGGGAAGUCUUAGCAGCCACCACCUACCAGAUCUCUCGGGUGGAGGGAAAAGAAACAGACCAAAAGAUGGGUAGCAUUUUAACUUUACUAUCCCCUGCACCACAGCCUGGAUCGUUGGGCUCCAGAGAGUCCCCAAAGACAAAAGAUCCCCUCCACUGCCCAUAUCGCUGGGUCACAGCCCAGCCACAAAGCCUCACAUCUAGCAUUGGCCUGUUUUUUUUUUUUUCUUUUUUCUUUUUUUUCUUUUUUUUGGAGCUGGGGACCGAACCCAGGGCCUUGUGUUUGCUAGGCAAGCGCUCUACCGCUGAGCUAAAUCCCCAACCCCUGGCCUGUAUUUCUUGCACACUGUUUCCAGCCUCUCCCCGCAACUCAUUUAUGAUUUUGUGCUAUGUCUCCUUAGCUCACAGUUUCCGGGGGCUCCAGGCUUUAGAACCAUUAGGAAUUGUCAAGAAAAGCUCAAAGGCCAGACUCAUCAGCACUGAUGGGACCCUCGGAGCCUUGGGCUGGGAAGGGUGAAGGGUGAGGAGGAGUUCUCAGGCCGAGCUUAGAAGGGCUUUCAGGCAAGGGGGAUGCAGAUGCAGGGAGUUGCGGGGGAGGGGCCUGAGGCAAGAUUGUUCCCGGGGAUCCCUGAGAUGCCCUAGAUUCAAUAAAAUGACUAUGACAUUA